CAAAAAUCUCAGCGAUUUCACCGAUCAUGCCACAGGCAGAUCCGUCUACUCGCUUCUUCUUUCUCGAAUUGACCCUAUCUCAUCCGAAUCGAAUCAGAAAAAAAGAAGAAAUGGUUUGGAAUCACCCAGAAAUCUCCAAGGAAGAUUUCACGAAGAUACUGAAAGGGUUUGUGGAUUUACUCAUCCUCGCAUCUGGGUUUCAAUCUUCUGGCCUUCCCGCUCAUUGGGACGCCGAGAAUUGCAAAAAAUCUCUUCACUGGGGUCUCUUCUUCGAAAACAUGUUAAGAAGUGUAAAUAUCUCAGACCCAUCUGGAGAAACUGUGAGAGAGGUUGAGGAAGCUAUAUUUGAGAUUAAAUCUAACCCCUUGUUCCCAAAGGGUCUGGAGAAUCUGUCGUUAGAUAGUCUUUUAAAGGGGAAAGAGUUUGUUUUGGAGCAUUUGAUGAAUAACUCGACGUUGGAGGAUAAGCAACUCCAAGCUGUUCUGGUUGCAGCUGUGGAGAGUGGUGAUGGUAUUGCAGAUGUGAUUGAUGGGAAGCUCUGUGAGAGGCAAGUUGUUGUGUCGUGUGUAUCAGCGCUUGAGACAGGUUUGAAGAUCCUUUCUAAAAACGUAGAGGAAAAAGAGUUGUUGCUACGGAAAGAAGACAAGGAUACAGCUUUGUUGAGUGGGGGAGAACAGUCUAUUGAGCUUGUAACAUGGAACAAAUGGCAAUCGAAGAGUCUGUCUUAUUUUCUGAGUAAGAGAACAUUGAGAUUGGUAUCGGGAGCCAGCUUGAUAUUUUCUGCACCGAGAGAUCAGUGGGGAGAAGUGUUGAGAAGGUUGCACUUUUCAGCUGAGAACAAAGAAGAGAUAUUCGUGGAAAAGAUUGAGGUAUUGUUACUAGGAUGCGUGACAAGCAGAUGGACUAAUUUAAUCGAAGGUAUCAUGUCAGUUUCUUACAAAUCUGUCACUUUGUCAGAACAAUACGAGGAGUUGUGCAAGCUACUUCUUCAAAGAUCUGAAGGGUUAAAACAGAAUGAGAUCGCUUUGAAUUCAAAGGUCGAAGAGAUUCUUGAGUAUCUAACAGAUAUAUUAAAGAAUCGUUCUCAUCGCCUCUGGAAAUUGCCUUCUGCCCUUACCGCAGCUGCAAUUCCACCAUGGUCACCAUUGUUUGGUUUAUAUUUUGGCGAAAUAGAGAAACGGUUGAAACUAGACGUCUCAACAACAAGAUGUUGUAGCUGCGAUAAAGAUUUAAACCAGCAUAAGGACUGUGAGCUCGUGGAAAGGGUUUGGUGCUUGUACGUAUUCCAUAUUGUCUGCAGAGGCCACCUAACAACUUAAUGGGCCUUAUAUCAUACAAGAAUAUCAUCAAAAGAUCAUCCUGAUGUAGUUUUUUUUGUGGUUUCUAGAAUUUUCGUUUGCUUGUAGAUG